GCCAGCCCUCAGAGCCUGCCAAGCUGCCGGCCGGUGCUGACCGUAUGGCCAGGAGCAGGAGCAAGGCCGCCCUCCGUGCGUGGCUCGUGUGCCCUGGGCUGCUCGGCUGUUUCUUGCUGGGCUUUCUUACAGGAUGGUUUACAAAACUGACGGAGAAAAACCCCAACUCUUCAGAUGUCCGUCAAAAUGUGAGACAGAAACUUGUGGCUGAAAUGAAAGCAGAGAACAUCAGGAAAUUUCUUCGCUCAUUUACCAAGUUGCCUCACCUCGCAGGAACUGAAGAGAAUCUUCUUCUUGCCAAAAAAAUUCAAGGCCAGUGGAAGGAAUUUGGACUGGAUUCAGCAGAACUUGUUAAUUAUGAUGUGCUUCUUUCAUACCCAAAUGAAAAGCAGCCAAACUACAUUUCAGUAAUUGAUGAUCAAGGGAAUGAGGUUUUCAAUACAUCAUUGUUUGAACCACCUCCACAGGGGUAUGAAAAUGUUACUGAUAUACUACCACCAUAUAAUGCUUUUUCAGCACAAGGAGUGCCAGAGGCAGAUCUGGUGUACGUGAAUUAUGGUCGUACAGAAGAUUUUUUUAAGCUGGAGCGUGAAAUGGGAAUUAACUGUACAGGAAAGAUUGUCAUUGCCAGAUAUGGGAAGAUCUUCAGAGGAAACAAAGUUAAAAAUGCCAUAUUAGCAGGAGCCCAAGGGAUCAUACUUUAUUCAGACCCUGCUGACUACUGCGCACCUGGAGUAGAUCCUUAUCCAAAUGGCUGGAACCUUCCAGGUGGAGGAGCCCAGCGUGGGAAUGUUUUAAACCUGAAUGGGGCUGGGGACCCUCUAACACCAGGUUAUCCUGCAAAAGAGUACACUUUCAGAUAUAAAUUUAACGAAGGUGUAGGGAUUCCCAAAAUCCCGGUUCAUCCCAUUGGAUAUCAUGAUGCAGAAGUAUUACUGCGUGCAAUGGGAGGACCUGCAGCACCAGAUAGCAGCUGGAAGGGAAGUCUCAAUGUGUCUUAUAACAUAGGGCCAGGAUUCACAGGCAACUCUUCUACAAGAAAAGUCAGAAUGCAUGUUCAUACAAGCAAUAAAAUAACACGAGUUUACAAUGUCAUUGGCAUCCUCAGAGGAGCUCUGGAACCAGACAGAUAUAUUAUUUUAGGUGGUCAUAGAGACUCUUGGGUGUUUGGUGGCAUUGAUCCAACGACUGGUGCCGCUGUUCUGCAAGAAAUUGUACGGAGUUUUGGUAAAAUGAAGAUGGAAGGUUGGAGACCUAGGCGAACUAUUAUUUUUGCCAGCUGGGAUGCAGAAGAAUUUGGAUUAUUGGGUUCUACAGAGUGGGCUGAGGAAAACGCCAAAGUCCUUCAGGAACGGGCAGUCGCUUACAUCAACACAGAUUCUUCUAUAGAAGGUAACUACACAUUAAGAGUUGACUGUACCCCUCUUCUCAACAAACUGGUGUAUAAUCUGACAAAAGAGAUUUUAAGCCCUGAUGAGGGUUAUGAAAAUAAGUCUCUUUAUGAGAGCUGGCUUGAGAAAGAUCCCACGACUGAAAAUAAUACCUAUCCCAGAAUAAAUAAACUGGGGUCGGGCAGUGAUUUUGAAGCUUACUUCCAGCGACUGGGAAUUGCAUCAGGCAGAGCUCGUUACACCAAGAACAGGAAAGCAGACAAAUUCAGCAACUAUCCUGUUUAUCACACUGUUUAUGAGACAUUUGAGCUAGUGGAAAAAUUUUACGACCCCACCUUCAAGAAACAGUUAACAAUUGCCCAGCUACGAGGCAAACUGGUUUAUGAACUGGCAGAUUCCCAGGUCAUUCCAUUUGACUGUAGAGACUAUGGAGAAGCCUUAAAAGGAUAUAGCAACAGAAUUUAUAAAUUGGCCAAGAAGCAUGAAGAACAGCUGAAACUUUACAAAGUAUCAUUUGAUCCUCUUUUUUCUGCUGUGGUGAACUUCUCAAAGGCUGCUGCUGAAUUUCACAGGAGACUUGAACAAGUUGACAAGAAAGACACACUUCAAGGAGAGGAUGAUGCUUCAGAGUAUCUGAGAUGCUUUCAAGCUUUCAAGCCUAAGGGCCCUGCAGGACUACUGUGCCCUCUGAGUGCAGUGACUGGAGGCCACAUAUGUUCACUUGCAGUGCGCAUCAUAAACGAUCAGCUGAUGUUGAUAGAAAGAGCUUUCACUGAUCCUCUGGGCUUGCCAGGAAGGAAGUUUUACAGACAUGUUAUCUUUGCUCCAAGCAGCCACAACAAAUAUGCAGGAGAAUCCUUCCCAGGAAUCUAUGAUGCCAUGUUUGAUAUCGAAAGCAAAGCUGAUCAACAUGAAGCCUGGGAAGAAGUGAAGAGGCAGAUUUCCAUUGCAGCCUUCACUGUGCAGGCAGCAGCAGGAACACUGAAGGAAGUGGCAUAAGAUGACGGCUUUGAAAACUCCCACAGCAGAGUCUGGCAUGCAGAGUUAUCAGGCUACUGCAGUGGUCCUGUCUCCCUGAGUGCCUGCUCCACCUGAGUCUCCAGCAUCCCAAACUGCAUGGCAGGUGAGCAGAGCUCUGUGUGUCAGAGAACUCCUGAGCUAGGAAUUGCUGCCUCUCUGGUACUGACAGAACUGUAGCUUUAUGAACAGCCCUGGAUGGAAGCAAAUCUGGAUGUGGGGAGAAGUGGGAAGCAGGGGAAGCAGGAACAAUAAUUUUCUGCUUAAAAUUUUCUGAGAGAUCUGCCAACUUUGAGGACCCAAUAUUUUGGAUGUACAGUUGCAAAAACCAUUAUUUGCCAAGCUACCUGCAAAUUUUGUCCAUAGCAGUGUUCAACAGCACACAUUUUGACAGAAAAAAUGUAGCACUCGGCCUGUCCAUUUGUCUUGUUCUGAUAAUUACUUUUAUAAUAUUAGACACCAAAGGCAUCUCUGCAUUUCAGAAUCUGUUCUGCAAGACUGGUGAAUGCUUUUUACACUGAUUAGCUUUCUUUUCCUUUAAAAAAAAAAAAAAGUGACCCUCCUACUGAUUCCCAAAGCAAUACUGGUCAUUCUUGAUAAUCAGGGAAAACAGCUGCUUAUAUGGAGAAAUACAGAAGCAUGUUCUCAGUGGAGUGCAUGUCCAUCCCUCUGAAAGUCACUAUGCAUCUCCCUCCUUUAUCUGCACUUUGGAAAAUAAAGAUUUUGGGGGGUAACCAAAAGCUGACCUCCCUGCUCUUUUUGGCACUUUCUCUUGUUCCAAACCCAUGGCAGCUUUUGUUCCUAUUUUUGUCUGGGCAAUCUCUUUCAUAUUUUUUCCAUCUGAAGGAGCUCGAGGACAUUGUUACUAUUGACAUGGGGCUUGAGAUAAUUCUGUCUUCAACUAAGACCUGAAGAAGGUUUCCCAGCAGGAGCUGAUUUUGCUUUCAAAAAGGAACUGAAAUGCAUGGGAAGGCCAGUUGUACAAAACCAUUUAAUUUGUAUAAAACGGAAAAAAAUAAAUUCUUGCUUCAUUUGACCUUUAGAUGUAAUUCUCAUUUACAUGCUUUAAAAUGAAUAAAAUUGCUAGAAUUUUACUGAA